AUGUACUUGAGCCCGUUUUUAUCGGCGGUAUCGGGAUUAUCGGAAUCGCUCUUUGCCAAGACUGCUUGGCGGAAGCUAAGGCUCUUAACUCCCAAGAUAGAUCUAAUCGUGGAUAAAUACUGUGGUAAAAGACCGUACAGAUGUACAUUAGAAGAUAAAAAAGAAAUUGAAGAGCAAAUAGGGAAAUUGCUAGAGAAAGGAUUAAUUGAAGAAUCCUACAGCCCUUUCGCUGCACCAGUGACACUAGCAUAUAAAAGAGACGAAGGGAAGAGAUCUAGAUUGUGUAUAGACUUUAGAGACCUAAAUAAGAUUAUCAUACCACAAGCCCAACCAUUUCCAAUAAUAGACGACCUGAUAAUAAAAACGAGAAACUCAAAAUCAGUGAUAUAUCUCGGACACAUAAUAGAAAACAAUACAGUGAGACCAGUAAAAGACAAUUUAACCUCAAUUCAAAAUUUUCCAACUCCUAAAACACAAAAGAACAUCCGACAAUUCUUAGGGAAAGUCAAUUUCUAUCAUGAGUACAUACCGAAAAGCUCGAUAUUGUUAGACCCACUACAUAGAUUAUUGAGGAAAAAUGAAAAAUUUAUAUGGGCAGAAGACUGUGAAAGGUCUUUUACAGAAAUAAAGAAAUUGCUAUGCUCUCAACCAGUGCUAGAAAUAUUCGACAAAGAUUUGCUUACACGGAUUUACACAGACGCAUCACUUGAAGGCAUAGGUGCAAUAUUCAAACAGGUACAGCAUAACGGAAUAGAGAAGCCAGUAGCAUACUUCUCAAAGAAACUAAAUGAAUCGCAAAAAAGAAAAAAAGCGAUAUACUUGGAAUGCCUGGCUAUCAAAGAGGCGGUAAAAUAUUGGCAACACUGGUUGAUCGGAAGAAGAUUUGAAGUGUACUCAGAUCAUAAACCGCUGGAGAGCAUGAACAUCAAGGCCAGAACGGACGAAGAGUUAGGCGACUUAAUGUAUUAUUUGUCACAGUAUGAUUUCCAAAUAAAAUAUGUUCCAGGAAAGGAUAACGCCGAAGCAGAUUGCCUAAGCCGAAAUCCAGUAUUAGAACCAACCAGAAAUCUAACAGAAAAUAUAAAAAAGAUAUGCAAGACAUGUGAAGUAUGUAUCAAAAAUAAAUCUAGAGGUCAAGAAAAAUAUGGCCGGAUGUCACAGUUAGGACCAGCAACCAGACCGUUCGAAAUAAUGUCAAUGGACACUAUUGGAGGCUUUGGAGGACUAAGAUCAACAAAAAAAUACCUUCAUCUACUGGUUGACCAUUUUACCAGAUACGCAUUUAUUGCAACUUCGAAGACACAAAAUGCUACGGAUUUUAUCAAGCUAGUGAAAAACGUUCUAGAAACAGACAAGAUUGAAACGAUACUCACAGACCAAUACCCAGGCAUCAACUCAAGAGAAUUUAAAGAAUACCUAGAAGAAAACGAUGUUAGAUUGAUUUUCACUGCUUAUCUGCUGGAUGGCACGGACACAAGUAUUUUACCUGAAGAACUGAGAAGAGAAAAACAUCAAGAGGACUGGAUGAAAGAUAAAGAAUUAGCCCUAGAGAGAACUAUUAAGUCACAUGAUUAUAAAAAAAAACUAUUUGAUAAAAAUAGAAAACAUCAUGAGUUUAAUACAGGUGACAUGGUAUAUAUAGAAAAUGGUAAUAGAUUGAAUAGGAAAAAGCUAGACGAUUUGAGAAUUGGACCACUUGAGAUAAUAGAAAAAAUAUCGAACUCGAUAUACAGAAUUAAGACUAAUAGGAAAAAAUCAGGAACAAGCUUGUUCCACAUAACAAAACUAAUUCCAAUAUCAGAUAUAGAUAAGGACGCAGACGAAGAGGAUUGA